AUGCCACCAGCCUCUGAGCCCCAAGGCAACCUGGCCACCAACCCAGACGCCUCUGCAUCCUCCUCCUCCACCGCCGCCCACCAUGCCUCGGGACGACAGCCCACCGCCUCCUCCUCCACCUCCGCCGAACUCGCCAGUGCAAAGAUAAGCCUCGAGAAGUCCCUGCGCCGCUUCCCCGACUUCCCCAUCCCCGGCAUCAACUUCCUGGAUAUCAUGCCAUGGUUCCUCGACCCGGCCGUCCACGCAACUCUCCUCCGCUCUCUCGAGCUGCAGCUCCUCCACUUUGGCGGCGCCGAUAACGCCAUCAAGCCCGAUGUCAUCGUCGGCCUGGAUGCCCGCGGCUUCCUGUUCGGCCCCAGCCUGGCACUCCGACUGAACGCUAGCUUUGUGCCCGUCCGCAAGCAGGGCAAGCUGCCUGGCCCCUGCGUCACCGCCCAAUACACCAAGGAGUACGGCGUCGACUACUUCCAGAUGCAGGAGGGCGCCAUCAAGCCGGGGCAGAAGGUCCUCGUCGUAGAUGACAUUAUCGCUACUGGUGGCUCUGCCGCGGCUGCAGGCGACCUGAUCAAGCAGCUGGGAGGCAGCCUGGUCGGAUUCCUCUUUAUUAUUGAGAUUCCCUUCCUCAAGGGACGCGAGAAGCUGGACAAUGUUCCCGUCGUGACUCUGCUCGAUGUGAACGAAUGA